AUUCCUAACGGGCGGCACCCGGCAAGCUGGGGUGCAUCCGCACUUUGGGAGGAGGGGGGGCAGCGUUUGCGUGCUGAACAAGCAGCCCAGGGAAGGGGCUCUGGGACCACUGACUUCCCCUCCCCCCGUUUCCGCUCCCCAGACCAUCAAGGCCAAGUACAAAGGCUCCGAGUACCCCUACCUGCUGCCCAAGUCCCCCCACGUCCCUCCGCAGUUCUCCUUCCUCGUUCCCGGCGCCCAGGUUGCCGAUGUCCAGGUGCUGCGCUCGGUGGACCGUUGGUCAGCCGGCCUGCACGAAUGCUCCAUUUACAACGCCUACCUGGACGUCAUCAGGACCAGCCAGCAUUACCUGUAUAUCGAGAACCAGUUCUUCAUCAGCUGCACCGACGGGCGCUCGGUGCUCAACGCCGUCGGCGAUGCGGUGGUGCAGCGGAUCCUGCUGGCCCACAGUGAGAAGAAGCCCUUCCGGGUGUACGUGCUUCUCCCGCUCCUGCCCGGCUUCGAGGGGGACAUCGCGCAGGGGGGCAGCAACUCCAUCCAGGCCAUUCUUCACUUCACCUACCGGACUCUGUGCCGCGGGGAGUCGUCGAUCGUCAGCCGCCUCCAGGCAGGCAUGGGGGAGGCCUGGAGGAACUACAUCUCGUUUUGCGGCCUCCGCACCCACGGGGAGCUGCGGGGCGUCCUUCUGACGGAGCUGGUCUACGUCCACAGCAAGAUGCUGAUUGCGGACGACCGGCGGGUCAUCAUCGGUUCCGCCAACAUCAACGACCGGAGCCUGCUGGGGAAGCGCGACAGCGAACUGGCUGUGCUGGUGGAAGACAGGGAGAUGGUGCCCUCCGUGAUGGGCGGGCUGGAGUUCGAGGCGGGGAGGUUCGCCCUCAGCCUGCGGCGGGAGUGCUUCAGGAGCGUCUUGGGCGUCGCUCCGGAGGACGACGCGGACAUUCAAGACCCCAUCAGCGACCGCUUCUUCCACGACGUCUGGGGGGCCCGAGCUUUAGCCAAUACCAGCAUU